UCACGUCUGUUUGAGCAUGAGCAGUUUUGUUACACGUAUAACUUUUCUUAUAUGAAUCUGAUUCGAUAGUCGAAUAGGAGUAAAUUGAAAUUGUUGGAUCAGCGGGAGGAAUUGAAAAUAGAAGUAUUCAAGCUUCACAUACAUCGAAGCUGGCAGCCCUUUGCAUAUUCUUUCAUGCCGUUUGCUUCGCAUCAAAAUUCCAACAUGGCGGUCGAAAAUUUCGGAAUGUCUUGUGUUUUGUUUCCACGCCGUGCUGAGUGAAAGUGUUUUUCGGUAGGUAAAACGGUGCAAACGGCGAUAAAAAUCACGUAAAAAGUUAGAUAAAGUGAGGAACUAGAAGUAGCAGUUGUCGUUUGAACACAAAAACUUGAACUUACCAGUGUAAAAUAGUUUUACCGCAAACGCGUCUAUUUUCCCUCUCUGUUGCUGUAAAAAGAAGAAGAUCCGCAUCGCAUUUGCCAUGCAUGCACUUGUAAUUUGGUGAAUUGAGGGAAAAAAACAGUUGCAGUAGAAUGAACAGAUCUUUUGAAAAUAUUGUGCAUAAUAAUAAUAAAAGUGAUCAAUUGCAGCAAAAACGGUUGUGGUAUUCGACUAUUGCUUAGCGCCUGCAGACAGAGAAAAAUAAUACACAAAAAUCAUCUCAACAAGCAUAUCAAACGUCGAACGGGUGCACUUUGGCAGAAUGGAGAAUUCAGAUGAUGUUAAGAAUCAUGACGGAGAGGAGGAAAUUGACCAGGAGAACCAUAAGUCGGAUGAAGCGCUAGGGCCAGAGGAACAUUUAGAAGAACUGGAAGAUACAAACGAUAAUAGCAAAACGGAAGACAAGGAGGAAGAGUCUGAUGACGGGAAGCUGGAGGACAAUAAGAACGGCAAACAUGGAGAGGAAGGUGAAACAGAUGAGGAAGCUGCUGAAGAUAAGAAGGUUUUCGUUAAAAAUGAAGUGAAGGAAGAGGGCGAGAAGACAGUUAAGACCCGUCGCCGAGAUGGUCAACCGGCGGAUUUGGAUAUUUGCCGUGUGUGCACAUCGAAAGAUAGUCUGUCCGAUAUUUUCGAAUUCGAUUCUGCUGUAAGAAUUUGUGAUCUGAUAACGAAGAUAUGUACAACAGUGCGGAUUACAGAACGAGAUCAUUUGCCCCAUAAAAUUUGUAAAAGCUGUGUAGAGAAAGUUAAAAUUGCUCAUGAAUUCAAAAUAACAUGUGAAAACACGGACAAAGAGCUACGUAAAACACUGAAACGUAGUUACAAUAAGUCUCGUAGAACAACUGACUUCGUUAUUGUGAACUGUCCCAUGUCCGAUGAGGAAGAAAACGAGGAGGAACCGCAAGACGACGAUGAAUACAAAGUCUCGCAGUCAGAGGUUGAAUCUGAGCCAGUUACAUCGGACGAUAGUUUCGAGCCACCGAACAAAAGAAGGAAGACACCGAAGCGACGUGGUCGCAGACCGAAAAGUGAAUCCAGUGCAAGUACACCUGCUACCGGUAAACGAAGACGUGGCAGACGACCGGCUGGUUCGACCGGUUCAACCAUUUCGAUUUCCGCUACUCUAGACACUCCUCGACCUCGGGGACGCCCAGGUCGCCCGCCAAAAUCCGCGAAAACUCCAGGAAUAGCAAACGUCGUUUACAUCGAGGCCCCGGAUCCAAGCUCUUCGGACAGCGAUGACGAUAAGCCUAUUAAACCCCGCAAAACCCACGAUUGUAGGAAAUGUGAUGAAACAUUCACUACUGGGCUCGAGUUAAAAGAACAUCUCCUCACUCAUAAGGGUGACCUGUUUCCUUGCACAAAAUGCGAAAAAUCCUUCAAAUCAAAGGUGUAUUUGUCGAAUCAUUUGGAGCGUCAUGAUCAGGACGACAAAAAGCGAGAGGAAAAAAUGAAGGUGAAGGAACUGAAGAAACAACAACAACGACAAAAGGAAAUCCAAAAACGCCGAGAACAGGAAGAACGCAACAGGCGACAGAAAGUGGUAACAUCGUCCGGGGGUUCCGAGAAGAAGAAAAAGCUGGAACCUUCGCCUGCCAGCAGCGGGAGAGAUCUGUUCAAAUGCGUUGCGCCUCUUACUUCCACCUAUUGGAGCGAUAGUUUUUCGGAUUAGAGCGACGACAAUCGAAAGGGUUACCUGUUGCCUGUCACAACUUGUACAUUUAGGAUUGCAGAGCGAGUGUGGAUUUCUUCUAGCAACGGAACCGUUUCGAAACAUAGGGUGUGCCAUUCGGAUCGUCGUCUAUGAGUGACUUCAUUUUUGAACUAAGUUUAGAUUUUCGUCGGUAUUCUUUUUCACUUGAGUGCGAGUGAUAUGCGCGAGAGAGAAAUAUAUCUGCUGUCCGUAACAUAGUUUUCUUCGGGGCACUACCGUUUUUGUAAAUAAUGCAUAACUAUUUUAUAAGUGGAUGAAAACAAAAAAUGAUGAGUAUGAAAGUACUACCCAGAAUAACUGAAAUGAAGAGCUAUUAUAGGGCAUUGCAGGUACUUUUAGGAGAGAAAAAAAUUGCAUCUUAACGACGAAUUGCUUUGCUUUCAUUGAUAGUGUUUUCAAGAUUUUUUUUUCUGCUGGCAAUGAUUUUGUUAAUUACAUAUUUCGUGUAUAAUAAAUGAUAAGUUUAAAUAAAAUAUAAUUUCAAUCGGGUGUUUGAUACAUGAAUGCCUCAAUUAUUGUACCACAGUUCGGAAAUCCAAGAUUUCGAUGCUAUUUCUGUGCAAUGCCCAUCAAAAGAGCGAUUACACACAUUCACGUGGUCACUAAACACAUUCAUAGAUUUACAUUAUUUUACGAUAUAUAUUAAGGCAACUUUUGGUUGUAAACAUGAACUCAUCUUUAAGGAGCGCAUUCAAUAAAAUUAAAUAGGAAAAAUAA